AUCUCCCGUGUAUGAUUAGGGUGGGUGGUGGAGGUGAAAUUGAGGGGAAUCGGUUUUCUUCUCUCUCCACACCCGUGGCCCAUUGCUCUCAUCGGACCCUGGUCUGCGGAUGCCAGGAGGCCCGGGACACAACCCCAUCCUGCACAGCUGCCACCAGAAGGGAGCAGCCCAGGGGUUCAAGAUGGGGGCGAGAGGUUCUCCCUCACUGUUCCUCUGGCCAGCACCACAACCAUCCUUCAGGCAAGCACCUCAUCUAUCCGUGUCAAGACGUCAAGUCCUCAGGCCCAAAGCCCUUCCCUGUUGCCUGGACCAGAAUGGCCACAACACACCCUAGUGGUUGCCGCUCGAGCUUGGACGCCAGGUACCACAGGCUGUGUGAUACCACUGAAAUUUGGGGCAUUGUCCUAGAAGCAGUGGCCGCAGCUGGAGCUGUGACCUCGGUGGCCUUCAUGUUCGCUCUCCUGAUCCUCAUCUGCAAGGUGCAAGACUCCAACAGGCGAAAAGUGCUCCCGACCCAGUUCCUCUUCCUCCUGGGUGUUCUGGGGAUCUUUGGCCUUACCUUCGCCUUCAUCAUUAAACUUGAUGGCAGCACAGGGCCCACCCGCUUCUUCCUCUUUGGCGUCCUCUUCUCCCUCUGUUUCUCCUGCCUCCUGGCUCAUGUUUUCAACCUGACGAAGCUGGUGCACGGGAGGAAGCCCCUGUCCUUGCUGGUGAUGCUGAGCCUGGCCGUGGGCCUCAGCCUGGUGCAGGACAUCAUUGCUGCUGAGUACCUCAUCCUUACCAUGAACAGGACCAACGUCGACAUCUUCUCUAAGCUGUCUGCCUCUCGGCGCAAAGACUUUGUCAUGUUGCUCAUCUAUGUCUUCUUCUUGAUGGCGCUGACCUUCCACAUGUCCUGCUUCCUCUUCUGUGGAUCCUUCAGUGGCUGGAAGAGACACGGGGUCCACAUCUUCCUCACCAUGCUUCUCUCCAUUGCCAUCUGGGUGGCAUGGAUCACCCUGCUCCUGAUUUCUCCCUUUGGCCCCACGUGGGAUGAUACCAUCCUCAGCUCAGCCUUGGUUGCCAAUGGCUGGGUUUUCCUCUUGGCUUACAUCGCCCCUGAGUUCCGGCUGCUCACAAAGCAACGGAACCCCAUGGAUUACCCCGUAGAGGAUACAUUUUGUAAACCUCAACUCAUGAAGCAGAGCUAUGGUGUGGAGAACAGAGCCUACUCUCAAGAAGAAAUCACCCAAGGUCUGGAAGAGCUAGGUGAUACGCUCUAUGCUCCUUACUCCACCCAUUUUCAGCUGCAGAAUCGGACCUGCCAGAAGGAUUUCUCCAUUCCACGGGCCCAGACUCGGACUAGCCCUUACAAUGACUAUGAAGGAAGGAAAGUUGGCAGUUAGCCGUUCUGCAGUGUGGGACAAACACAGCAAGUCAGCCAACCAGUGGGGAGUUCAGAGGGAUGUGGGCUAAAUCCCGAGGUGCCCAAGGAAACUGUACAAAACCUUUCGGGAAGAACUUGCGUUCCCUUCUGGAGUUGCUGAGGGGCUAACAAAGACUCCAGGGCCUAACACUCUAGUGUUUUCCUUUGUCCCGGGCUUAGGAUACUUCUUUUAAGUGGGAGGGAGUCUCUGGCAACCCAGGGUGUGCCCAUUACUCUGCCCAGUCAUUUCACAAGUGACUAAACUCUGGUCAUCUGACAGCUUCCCGGCUCAGUGAGCUUCAGGAGCCCACACUUCUCACUCAAGGCUGGUUUUGUGAGGAUGGCUGGGCCCAGAGCAGAACUGCAAACCUGAGCAGGAAAGCCCAGGCUUGUCCCUGCCGAAAUCUACACUGGAAGGCAACUGACUGGCACCCUGCCAUCUUGCCUGGGCAGGAGAGGCUAAAGGUCACCCCAAAUGUACUUGUCUCUAUGGCGCUAACACGGGGCCCCUGUGGGUCCCCAGCACCAAUUCACUGGUCACCAUUCCCAAACUUGGUGUCCAUCCCCGGACAUAGGCUCCCCUGCAGGCUUUCCCAGAACUUCCUCUUCUGUAUCUCAUGGGCAGGCACAAGCCCGAUUUCUGCUUGCUAGGAGAAUUCGUGCACUGUUCCUGCUCUAAAGUCCGGGCACUGAUUAUUCUGUCAUCCCCUUGCUCCUCAGCUUCUGUAAAUAGCUUCGCACUGUGCUCACCACCUGUGUUCUGUAAGUGGGCAUUGUCUACAAAUGGGGAGUCUUCCUCGUAUAAUAAGUUAUUCAACGCUCCUCGCUUGGAGACGCAAUAAAGAUGUGGUGGUAAGUCUUUCAUCGUGGCAGAGGGGUGUGCAUUGGACCUGGAGGAGAGACAGUGGACUCUAGUCUUCAUGUGGAGCUGAAGACCCAGAGCUGAAGUUCAAGGUUCAAUUCCACUGGGUGUGCACUUGACCCUUCUCCAUGAUGCGUUUCUCCUUCUCCUCCCUACGUCUAAGACAGGUGUGUUUUCCCCACUUGCUGAGGUGAGUGGCAAGGGUGACAGGAGCCAAGAACGGUCACUGAUCCUGAGGUUUUGUGGCAGGAAGGCAGAGGAGUGGCAACCUUGGAAUGGGGUUUGGCAGGCCAGGAAGGACAGGGAGAAGACCUCAAAGCCAGCUUCACAAUUCACCGUUUAAUUGUAGGAGGGAAUAAUACAUUCAGAUCCCUAUUUGACAGAAUUGGUUCAUAAUAUCCCUUGGAAAAGACAUGGUACCUAACAAUUACUAUUUACUUAAUCCCAGAAACAGCUCUGUGGGGGAAGGGCCAUAGGAAACACUUUUUGGUGAAGGAAAAAAAAAAUCUCCGUGUACAGAAACUGGAUGACAUUUAAUAACUUGUAGCUGAAUUAGGGGGUUACCUCCUAAGAGCCUGAUGCUCUGGUUUUCAUCAAAAGGCAAACCUGGUGUGGGAAGAGGGUUGAGGUGAGGUUGGAGGUGAACUGAUGACACUCUGAACUAAGGAUAUUUACGUUCCACAAAGAUUUGGUAGAUUGUUUCUCACACGGCUUUGCACUAAUAUUAGCCUAGUUUUGUAUUGAAAAGGGGGGAAUUAUGAAUCAUGAUUUGGAUCCUUCUAGACCAUUCUAGUCUCUCUUAAGAGGCCAUAACCCAGUGAGGUUGUUGUGAGGAGAACACAAUAUAUUUUCAUGUCUAUUAUCUGUCACAGUGUAGGUACUCAAGAAAUACAUAUUCCCUCCCCUUUUUUUCCUCCUCUGGUCUUUUCACCUAUUAACCAAGCAAAGGGGGCUGAGUGAAAGGUAAAGCCACAGAUGACCCAGGAUCUGCUUUCUUGUUCAAGAAGAGGAUCAGCCAGGCCUCUGUAGCCCCACGUCAACCUCUUUUAAAACAGGAGAAAACAUGGGAAUGGCAACCAUCGCUGGCUUCUCUCCUAAUAAAUACAGCACUGGGGCAAGUAGGCCAUCCCCUCACUGAAUUCUUUUUCUUGCCAGGAGGUAGAUAAACGCUCCCCAUUCAAGCAGCCCCUGUCAUCCCCUGUAGUUGCUACCCUGUCUUCAGGUCUUACGCAUUCAGGGCAUAAUUAAACUCUUCUGUUAAAAUAGGGACAUUGCAGGGACUGGAAGUGCUGGCAUCUGACGAUGGCUAGGACACUGGAGAAGAGGGUUUCAAAGACUUCCUGUAGGUCUCCCUGGCCCCUGGGCUGAAAUAGAAUGUGCAAAUUUAGCCCAGCUUGGUCCUUGAGCGACACCCGUUGAUUGAUGCCUGGGAACCAAAAGGCCAUCUCUUUUGGACUAAAUGGGUGAUAAUGAAAUGGAGUCAACCAUCUUCCUCUCAUCUUUCACUGUCAGGUGGGAACUAGCCUGUGUCUCCUCUCUGCUUCUCCCUUCCGGCUGAGGCCGGUCCGCAGCCGCCAUACGCCAGGCGUCCACUUGGUGGCGGUAAAACCUCAGGGAUGGCCCUCGGGCCGCCGCGCCUCCGCAAAGCCCACCUCUUUAACAGCCGCCUCCCUUGAAGGGUGCGGAGGCUCAACUGCAGGCAUUCCAGGGGCUUCAGGCACAUGCAUCUCAUUUUAAAAGGCUCAUAUGCUCCCGCUGUUCGCGCUCCCUGCCACCGUCCUUAGAGGGCCCAUCUCCCGUGCCAGGCUUCCACGGCCCGCUGUCUCAUUCUUGUGAAACCCUCCAAGGUGUUUGCAGCCCAUUUGCUUGCCGUCCGGCAUCUUUGCAGACAAACGGUCUCAUACGCUGUUGUUAAUUAAUGUCGACGAGUAUUUAUGUGGCGAGAACACUGGCUUUCUGUCAGGAAAAGUGUGCCCAAACAAAGAGUACAGCCUGGGCCUGGACAUGCAGCGGUAAAAUAUCCGCCCCCUCCACCCCUCACCCUGGGCAUGCUGGAUUUCCUUUCCUUCAUUCUAGACCUGUCGUUACUGCUGAGAACUGACCUGUGCUCCGCUGCUCUCUUCCUUCCUGGCCGCUUCCUUCUCUAGCUAUCAGGGUUUGCAGGUUUGCCUCCGCUCCCAGCCCCAAUCUGAAACGUGGGAUUAUUUCAGAACGGGAGGCGGAGGGGUCAGAAAAAAUCCUUCUCGAGAGUCCGGGACUGCUGAGAUCCGGAAUCUGGGCCAUUGGCCUCAGGGUUGUAGACAGUCGGCUUUUGCACAUUCUGGGGUCCAAUCUGUGGUCAUCUUCUGGAAUCCCUUCCACCCAGGGCCGGCGAUGCUUUGCCCGCCUUGGGUGUGCAGACGGCUAUCUGUGGCCGUGUAUCAGUGCCCCACUCUCAUUUCCGCAACCUCCAGAUUGCUAGAACGUUCUUAAUCCUUCAGAAUGGAACACUCCAGUGCCUAAAAUGUUGGCGUUUGUUUCAGAACAACUUUGGUUGGUGCCUCGUGGCCUUCAUUUUACAGAGGAAAGUGCUCAGGCCUAAUGGAGUUAAUGUAACCGGGGCCAAACUUCUGGUUCUGUCUACUGCCAACACUUGUGUGGUCAGUUUUCAACCGUUUUUCCCCCCAAAGUGGAUGUUUGAGUAAAGAAUCAAAUAAAAUGUCCAUGGUCUAUAUUUUAAGCUUUCCUCUUAUUUUCCUUUGCACCCCCCCAUUGCCUUUUCUUCCCCUGAUCUCCUCUCUAGUCAUCCUCUUUCCCUCCUGCAUGUAAGCUGUGGCGAGAAGGGUGGGGUGAUGAUGGGCAUAUUGUGGUUAACCCCAGGUCACACUCCCACGACCCCCAAGCCAAAUGAACAUUUGCCUCUUGGGAAAGUAGACUGUCAAAGGAGGAAUUGUAAGACAAGGCAGAAUUCUAAAAAAAUAAUAAAAAAUAAAAAGAGGGGCACCUGGGGGGCUCAGUUGGUUAAGCAU